AUGAGUGAGAGGGCCUCAAGCAGCUGGAGCCCUGGCAGCUGGGUGCUCGCACUGUGCCUGGCCUGGCUGUGGGCACGUCCGGCCUCUGCCUCCUUGCAGCCACCAACAUCUACAGUCCUAGUGAAGCAGGGCACCUGCGAGGUGAUUGCUGCACAUCGCUGCUGCAACCGGAACCACAUCGAGGAGCGCUCCCAGACGGUCAAAUGCUCCUGCCUCUCUGGCCAGGUGGCUGGCACCACAAGGGCAAAGCCCUCCUGUGUGGACGCCUCCAUCGUCCUGCAGAAGUGGUGGUGCCAGAUGGAGCCAUGCCUGCUGGGGGAGGAGUGUAAGGUGCUCCCGGACCUGUCGGGGUGGAGCUGCAGCAGUGGACACAGGGUCAGAACCACCAAGGUCACACGGUAA